AUGUCAAUACCAAAGCAGAGCCCGACACAGUCUUCAAGGCAUUCACAGCCCUCGACGACGACCGCUCCUGGGCUUGUCCCAAGCUCUCCUCAGGAUCAUGGUGCUCUGAGUCAAGAGGACAUAGACAGUCUCUUCAGCUUUGAUGUCUUUUCCCAGCAGGACAAUCUGGAGGAAUGGUUUCGUCAGGUCUCGACGGAGGAAAUGUGGCAGCACGAUCACGAAGCAUUCGAUGAAUUCUGGGGCGACUCGGGCGCAGGGACUGAUCAACCUCAAGGGUCAACUACAACAACCUACCAGACCACCCACGAGCUGCUAUACGGUUCGCGGCUUGAAGAAGAUGACGGCAACGAUGAUGGGACCCCUGUCGGCGGUCGAGAAGAAGGGGUCACUCACUGCAGUCAGAAAGACCGCCAGCGAGACGAAGCGUCAGCCGACAACAAGGACAAUAUCACUACGACUGGUGCCCAUUCGUCGACAAAGACAGACUCCCCUUCCCCGAGCGACGCCGAACAGAAACGCAAAAUGCAGAACCGACAGGCCCAACGCGCCUUCCGGGAACGUAGAGUCAAAUACGUGCAUGACCUGGAGAACAAAGUCAAGGACCUGUUGCUGUAUGCCGAGUCGUUGAAACAUGAAAACCAGAUGUUGAGGGCCCGGGGGCAGUGGCUGAGCGGCCAGCUGAAGAGCUUCUACCGGCAACGGCAAGCUUCUUCAAGGCGCAGUCCGUCCUGA